AUGAAGGUUCACCCAGCCUUUAAAAGGUUUCCAGGACGGGAAGUGACCCUCUGUGUUUUUCAGACGGAGAACGGCUCCGCCCUCCACGAGGCCGCUCUGUUCGGGAAGAUGGACGUGGUCCGCCUGCUGCUCGGCUCAGGAAUCGAUGCCAACCUGUGUGACUUCCAAGGAAGGACGGCCCUGGAGAUCCUGAGAGAGCAUCCGGCCCAGCAGUCCCAGCAGAUCACCGCGCUCAUACAGGAGUACCUGAUGGAGGAGGAGGAGCACCGCCAGUGUGUUUACCUGGACGAGCCAAUCAGGAGGUGCCCAGUCCCCGCCCCCCGCACCUCCGUCCCCUCCCCCUGCGCCUCGCCCUCGCUCAGACACAAGAGCGAGGCGGUGAGCGGCGACCUCUCCAAGCUCCUUCAGGACAUGCAGCGUUGCCGUGACUCCUCGUUCGAGGAGCUCUGUCAGACGGUCUCCUCCCACUCCAUGGACAGCUACUGCAGCGGCCGGCUGAGUGACGAGGAGCGGCCGGACCCCCAGCGGCUCAACGGCGGCCCCCAGCGGCCCAACGGCCCCCUGGGGCGGGCCAGCAUCAAGCGCGUCAGCCCCCCCCUUGCCCCCCCCCAUGAGGAAGAUGAGGAUGAAGAGCGAGGCUGUGGCCCUGUGGGAUUCUGGGAAGCUUUCACGCCCUGCAACGGCUGUCGCAACCUGGGCUUCUCCAGCAUGUCCCAGGAGACCCAGGCUGAUCUUGUGGGCUCUCCCUCGCUGGAGGUCUUCUCCCCGGAGGACGAGGAGAAUCCCUACGAGCUGGUGACCUCGGUAACCUCUGCCGUCACACGUAAACCCAGCUCCCUGGACAUCAGCAGCUGCCAGACCGCCGCACACAACAACGGCCACUCGCCCCAGGUGACAGUGAAUGAUGGGGAAUUUGGUAACCAUGGGAACGGCUGCACGGGCCCCACUCCGGACUGCUCCCCCCCCUCUCCUGACACAGCGCUGAAAAACAUUGAGAGAGUCAUCCGCCCCCAGCCUAAACAGCGGACCUCCCUGUCCUCCGCCCAGGACCUCCAGCGCCCCGCGCCCCCCAGCUGUGAGCCCAGUGAGGUCAGCUCGUCGCUAGGCUACGCCAGCUUCAGCACCAGCCCCCCCGCCAGCCCCCCACUCUCCCCCAACCAGGAGGACUCGGCCGGCUCCAACGACGACUGCCAGCUCACAGAUCCCGACACUGGGUGUCUGCAUCGGAACACGGUGCUGGACUCAGGGCGGCGUAAUGAGAGGAAAGACCGCCGGAAGAGCCACAUCCCCGAGGAGUUUGCGGGCCUCCUGCACGGCUCGUCCCCGGCCUGCGAGGCCCCUGACACCCCCUACAAACUCUACUGCCCCCGGGGCAACACUGCUGCGCCCCCACAGACCCUGACUCAGACCAAGCCCCUGAUCCCCGACACCCCCAGGGGCCCGCAGACCCCCGCUGCCCCGCCCCAGAACCAGAGCCAGAGCCAGAAGGAGCUCUACUGCCAGACCCCGCCCCCCCAGACCCUCCCGACCCCUGGGGAGCAGCCCAAGCCGCAGGUGGUCUUCCGGACGGUCUUCCACACGCGGGUGAACCAGGCGCCGUCCCCCGAGACCCCCUGCUCGCCCCGGGGCUACAGCACCCUGGGACACCGGCCCGCCCGCUCCCCCCGCCACUCCGCCGCCGUCGCCGUGGCGCUGGGCCUCGACGGGGCGGGGGUCCCCGGCCUCGACGGGGCGGGGUGCCCGGAGCUGGCCGCCGCGUCGGGGGGCUACGAGGAGCGCGCCUGCACCCUGGACCGGAGGAGGUCGGCGCCCCGCAGCCUGCUGGACCUCCAGCUCUCCAAGUCCCUCUCCGACUCCAACAUCGUGGGCGUGUCGCCCAUACAGGAGGAGCUGAGCUGGGGAUCCGGAUCCCGGGGCCAGGGGCUUGGCAGCCCCCGGCCAGGGAUGGGUGCCAGCCCGGGGGGCCGGCUGGAGAGGACCCCCUCCUUCACCGCCGAGUGGGACGAGAUUGAUAAGAUCAUGAGUUCCAUCGGUGCGGGAAUCGGGAGCGGACUGAAUGCCAAGAAAGACCACACAGGACCCCGCUGCCCGCUGCAGUCUGUGGGCCAGUGGCUGGACUCCAUCGGCCUGGUCCAGUACGAGAACCACCUGCUGGCCAACGGCUUCGACAAUGUCCAGUUCAUGGGCAGCAACGUGGUGGAGGACCAGGACCUGCUGGAGAUCGGGAUCCUCAACUCGUCCCACAGACAGCGCCUCCUGCAGGCCAUCCGCCUUCUGCCCAGGGUGCGGCCGGUGGGCUACGACGGGAACAACCCCACCUCGGUGGCCGAGUGGCUGGAGUCGCUGGAGCUGGGCGACUACACCAAGGCCUUCCUGGUCAACGGCUACACCUCCAUGGACCUGGUGAAGAAGAUCUGGGAGAUCGAGCUCAUCAACGUGAGUCACACGGGACCGCCUGCCCUGCCCUGUCCUUCAUCACUUCUGAGCUUCAAACACGUUUGGCUGAAGGACGGGUGA